GGUCUGGACAACGGUAGAUGGCGCUAGUUACCAUCGCGCCAAUGCGGCAUCAGGUCGGUCCUCUAUGGAGCUACCACUCUCCCCGCUGACCGACAACCAGCGCCUCUGGCGGCUGCCCGAGGAAGCUAGCCGACCGGCCGCGGCGCCCCAGGGCCUAUUGCGCCCCUGGUGGGUAGGCCGGCCCGCCACACUAGGCCGCGGCGAACAGGCGUGGGGGUCGCAAGACAGCACAGGAGGGUCUGAUGCUAUCUCCGCGAGGUCAACCCGAAACCAACAACAUUACGCCAAGCGUGGAAUGAACGUGCGCAUGUGUGGAGCGCAGUUGACCGACUUCAUCGAGAGCCUCUGCCACGAUCGUCGCAGGCGGAGCGGCAGCGCAGUCACCGUGCGGCAAAUCUCCUCUGCUAUGAGCCGUGAAAGCAUCGUAGAGGCCUGCUGCCACAGACCGUGUUCGAUUCGGGAGCUAUACGAGUUCGUCCAGCCAACAUGUGGCGUUAUGCAUAACAGCUCUCCUCAAAUCGCAUAUACCAGGCUGGCACUCCGCCCGUCCACUUGCCGGUGUUUGAGGACCCCGGUCUUCCCAUAGACGGAUUCCAGAAACGCCACAAUGAUCCUGCUUCCAUGGCCUGGGAAACCGACAGUGAUCUGGCCAGCUUCUUGGUCGUUUGAGUGGUGUCACGUGACCCAUACACCGCCGAGACAACUGCAGAAACGGAUCAAAGCUGGAGAUGCUGGAUACCUGAUCUGCUAAACAUGCGGAAUCUGAUAAAGCUGUGACUGUAAAUAAUAACUCAUGUGAUACUACUGAUGUACUAGCAUGCCUAUGUGCUGUCGAACACUGCUUCAGUUUCGACGACCAUGUGCAAUGGGAUAGAAAAAAAUAUACAUGUGUCAUCAUC